AUGCGACCAUUUUCCUUUUUCGGCGCGUUGCUGCUAGGCCGUGACACUGUUACAGCCGCCGGCAAUCCGCAAGUAGUCGACACCAAGAAUAAUGUUACGUAUCGAGGGUUCAAUCGAAAUGGUGUCGAGGCGUUCCUGAAUAUCCCGUACGGACAAGACACGAGCGGCCCGAACCGAUUCAAGCCCCCGCGAGCCUUCGUGCCAGAGUCAGGUAGCAUAAUCGACGCUGUAUCUUAUGGCCCCGCGUGUCCCCAACCCCUGGGAAAUGACAUCCUCCCGCUAGGAUUUACUAACACGACCGAGAUAUCGGAAGACUGCCUGAACUUAAAUGUGAUCCGACCUAAGUGCCUGCGCGCCGGGGACCGGCUUCCGGUUCUAGUCUGGAUUUAUGGCGGCGGCUUUUGGUCGGGCCAGAACCGGGAGAUCACUACUGCGCCCGAUGGCAUGAUCCUUGAGUCCGUCGCAAACGGACUUCCCAUCAUUCACGUAGCGAUGAACUAUCGUCUCGGGGUCUUUGGAUUCGCACAAUCCAAUGCUCUUGAGGCCGAGGGUUCCGAGAACGCCGGGUUGAGAGACCAGCGGCUCGCUAUUGAGUGGGUUCGCGAUAAUAUCGAGUACUUCGGCGGCGAUCCUGAGAAGAUCACCAUCCAUGGGCAAUCAUCUGGAGGCCUCGCUGUCGGCAUGCAGAUUAUGGCUUAUGGUGGAAGCAAGCCAGCUCCGUUCCAGCAGGGAAUAUGCGAAAGCCAAGCCCUAGAGCCGGGCAUCACAGCAAAUUUCACUAUCGAUGCCUUACAGCUCGUCGUGGAUUAUGUUAGUUGCAACACGAGUGCUCUACAUUCGCCAGAGACGGUAGCGUGUUUACGGGAUCUAGACAUGGAUACUCUCUUGAAUGCAUCAGCGGCGACGCUCCAAUCCGACAUCGCCCACAAUAUCGGCGACGUCUGGUUACCAGUCGUCGAUGGCGAUUUUCUUCCCGCUCCACCGUCCCAACUUAUAGCCGAAGGGAGAUUCGCCAACGUAACGGUCAUGAUGGGCUGGUGCGAGAACGAUCUAACCAUAUUUACAGACACCGGCAUCUCCACCCCGCAGGACACUCGCAGUUUUAUCCAGACAUAUAUCUCUUCCGUGAGCGACGCCAAUAUUGACGAGCUACUUUCAUUAUAUCCAUCUUCCGAAUUCGCCGCCGAUCCGACAGCUAACCUGUCAAGUGAAUUCUACCGUACAGCGCGCAUCUUUCGGGAUAUCCUAAUGGUAUGCGAGCCGGUAUACUAUGGAGCCGCGCUCGCGGCCAAGGGCAAUAGCGUCUAUCUGUACGACUGGAAUCAGACGAUCCUAGAUCCCAUCUUAGAAUACGCAUAUGGUGUGUCGGGGUUAGGCCCCAUCCACACGUCCGAGUUCGCAUACAUUUUCGGGAACAUAUCACACUACAACGUCUCUAACUACCCGUUCAAUCCCACCCCCGAAGAUUAUAGCCUUGUGAGCCGUGGCUCGCGGUCAUGGUCGACAUUCACGAGCCGCGGAGUCCCAGGCCUUAAGGGCCACGACACGUUCGAAGGAUUCGCGCCCUCUUUUCCUGUGGGUGGCCAAGGCGAUGCCGAUGGGACGUUCUCGGUAUUCGUUGCGGGAGGGCCAAGCGAGGGUUUCUCGGCCACUGACGGUCCUGGAUCCAGACCCGAAAUAGCCGCACAGAAGCUAAAGGAGAGAUGCGCUUUUAUCAACUCGGAAGAGAUCAUCAAUAAGCUUUACUAUUGA